AUGAGUAUACAAGACAGAAAUAAAAAACUGGAUAGCUUGGAUAUAGAGGGUGUUGUGAAUUUAUUGCAAACAUGGGACUUGGUUGAGUUUGUGGACUUCGUUAAAGAAAAACAACUGGAUGGACGGAAAAUCGCAGAUGUUACAGAAGGGAUAGUAAAGCUAUGGAGACCACAAUCUAAUGCUAAGAAAUUCAUUGCAUUCCUCGAGGACCUAAAACGCGACCCAGAUAAAUAUUUGAAUACAAGUGAAUCGAUCGAUGAUAAAUCUGAAGCUGAGAUGGCUUUAAUAGAGAGCCAGUAUCAAACAGUUAAAAAAAAGGGUACAGAAGAACUUGUUAACGUCAAUAAUAGCAUCGAAGAUUUAUUGAAAAAAUGGGUACCGGUUAAAAGCUUCCUGUACAGGAACCAACCAAAGCAAAUUAAUAAGGCCGCACCGUCCUAUCUUCCCAUGAAGCCUGUAUCUCCAAAGCGCUCCAAAAAGUUCUUCAGGCUAAACUCAUAUGAAUAUCCAUUGUUUGACUUACGUUCCCGGCUUAAGCAAGAAACUACGGACAAAUACUAUCCAAUGAAAAGGACUAGUAUAUUUUACAUAAACAAAUUAUACAAGAGACCCGAAUGGGGAACCAAGUACAAAUCUAUAUCGACAACUGAAGAAUUUACGGAUAAAUAUGCAGAGGAUCAUCUUUACGAAGACUUGAAUUACAAUGAAAUACCUGAGAAUACUAAAAAUUUUCUAAGAGACGACAAAAUAAGCAGCUGUAAUUUAAGCCAGACUUCUAAACCGUGUAUGGUUAAAAUUCAAGAACUUAUCCAAUCAUUUAGGAUGCCGUUUUUUGGUGGCAAAAAGACUGAUCCGCUCAAUGAUGUUGGUUGCGUGGUGGAAAAUGGUGUGGAUGAUAAAGAAACAAACAUAUAUGAGAGCAAUGAUCCGAUGGCAAAUAUGUAUGAUUCGGUGCAUGUGAACAAUGAAAACGUUAUUGAAAAUCAAAGCGUGAAGACAAAAUUACCGGUGGAAGACUAUUUAGAUCCAGUUCAAAUUAACAAAGAUUAUCUGGACGUUCAGUACAAACAGAAGGACGACUCUAUACUCGGUUAUAUUAUGAGUAUAUUCGAGAACAGAUUCGGAAUGAAACGAGAUACAAACGACGCUCGUUCGGAAGGUUCAGAUAAUGGAAGCGAAGGUGACGUCGCACUACACGCGCAAAAACCGGAAGACCGUAAAAGUCGGAACAUGGCCGAUCGACCUCUUCCGGUGCCGAUUGAGAACGAACCUUUUUACAUGAACAUCGACCGAACCGAAGCUGAGAGCCUAUUGAAGGGACAGCCCGAUGGGAUGUUUGUCCUGAGGCCGUCCAGCCAGCCAAACCACGCGUAUACGUUAAGUGUGUCUUGCACUGGGGCAGUGCACAAUGUCGGUGUUCGGCGUCGUCAAGAUGGCCGCCUCGCGCUCGGCUUUGCUCGGCGCGGCGAGCGAAGUUUCACGAGCGUCGCGUCGCUAUUACGUCAUCACCGUAGGCGGAGGCUGCUUCUGGUUGCCGAGGGCGGAGUGAUCGGCGCUACAACUUUAAUAGACACGCCGCAGUAUUAUCAAACGCCCAGAAGUAUUCCGAUUCCAAUUUAAUUCCAGUUCAGUGUGACUUCAGGAACUGACGCAAAUUUUGCAUUUUCAAAUUAUUAUUGACUGUGCUCAGAUUAAAUAUGUUAUACUAUGUCUUAUGUUUACAUAUGAUGUAAUCUUCAUAAUUUUAUAUUAAUUUAAAUGAAUCAGAAAAGGACUGUCUCUGUAUAAUUGCAGUUAUAAUAAUGAAAGUCAAGUUUUAAAUAAAAAUGAACUUUUUUAAUUUGAAGUCUAGAACAUCUAAGAUAUCUCGUAAAACAUGUAUCGUAAUAACUAUGAAAUGAUAUUAAAGUGUUAAAUUAUAAAUUUACUUUAUUUUGUCACUCAAAUAAUAAG